GGCAUUUUAUUUCCUAUCAAUCAUGCCGCACGUCCGUGUGUGUUCAUUCACAUAUCCGUGUGUGUUCAGGUUCAUACCUCAUGGCUGCGUGGCGCGCGCACGCACACACACGACUGCUGGCUUUUUAUAUGACUCUUUUUUUCGUGCCUGAAUCAUAGAGGACAGUGUGGGAGUUUAACUGAAUAAGAGAGCAGAGGAGAGAGAGAGAGAAAGAAAAAGAGAGUGAGAGGGAGGGAGGGACUCGAUGUGUCCAUACAGGCUGCAGAGUGUUUAUUUAUUUGUGCUAGAUCCCCCUUUUUUUUCUUUCUUAUUAUUUUUCAGCUGAUUUUUCCAAAAUGAGGUUAAAGGUUGGAUUCAUCCUUCGAAGUUUACUGGUUAUCGGCACAUUUUUGGGGCUGGUUUUGCUUUGGUCUUCCCUGACACCGAAGGCAGGCGACGAUAACCCGUUUGCUGGCGUAAUGGCAGGAAGAGAUGCAGGUAAACUUCUACAGCCCAACCUUCCCAAUAAUGACGUGGCUGACCAGUUCAAGCCAGUUGUUCCUUGGCCUCACGUUGAAGGAGUUGAGGUCGAUCUGGAGUCUAUCCGCCAGAAAAAUGGUGACAAGCCAAACCCUGCAUUCAAAGUUCAGAACCAGCAGAAUGUCAUCCAGAAGCAAUACGUCACCUUUAAGCCCCACACCAAUGUAUAUAGUGAACCCGUGUUGAAGAAAGGGAUUCUGGGCAACUUUGAGCCUAAAGAACCUGAGCCUCAGGGGGCACAGGACGGACCGGGAGAGGGCAGCAAACCGUUUGUGCUGGGACCUGAGUACAAAGAUGCCGUUCAGGCCAGCAUCAAGGAAUUCGGCUUUAAUAUGGUAGCCAGCGAUAUGAUCUCUCUGGAUCGAACUGUCAGCGACUUACGGCACGAAGAAUGUAAAUACUGGCACUAUGAUGACAACCUCCUCACCUCCAGCGUGAUCAUUGUCUUCCAUAAUGAGGGCUGGUCCACCCUGAUGAGGACGGUGCACAGCGUCAUCAAAAGAACACCAAGGAGAUACUUGGCUGAGAUUGUCAUGAUUGAUGACUUCAGUAACAAAGUUCAUCUUAAAGAGAGGCUGGAGGAGUAUAUAAAACAAUGGAAUGGGUUGGUCAAACUGUUCCGCAAUGAGAAGAGAGAGGGUCUGAUCCAGGCCAGGAGCAUAGGAGCCCGCAAAGCCACUCUGGGACAGGUGCUGAUCUACCUCGAUGCUCAUUGUGAAGUUGGGGUGAACUGGUACGCACCACUGGUGGCCCCCAUUUCAAAAGACAGAACGGUCUGCACAGUACCGUUGAUAGAUUACAUAGACGGCAAUGAUUAUACCAUAGAGCCACAGCAGGGCGGAGACGAGGACGGUCUGGCGCGAGGCGCCUGGGACUGGAGCCUCCUGUGGAAAAGGGUCCCUCUUAGCAGCAGGGAGAAGGCUAAGAGAAAGCAUAAGACCGAGCCUUAUCGGUCUCCUGCCAUGGCUGGAGGACUCUUCGCAAUAGAAAGAGAUUUCUUCUUUGAGCUAGGCCUCUAUGAUCCAGGCCUUCAGAUCUGGGGAGGAGAAAACUUUGAGAUCUCUUACAAGAUAUGGCAAUGUGGUGGGCAGCUUCUGUUCGUGCCAUGUUCACGGGUGGGGCACAUCUACCGUCUGCAGGGCUGGCAGGGAAACCCACCUCCUGCUCAUGUAGGCUCAUCCCCCACACUUAAGAACUAUGUGCGGGUGGUGGAGGUGUGGUGGGAUGAGUAUAAGGACUAUUUCUACGCCAGUCGGCCUGAGACUCUCACGCUGGCCUACGGGGACAUCAGCAGCUUGAAAAAGUUCAGAGAGGAGCAUCGCUGCAAGAGCUUCAAGUGGUUUAUGGAAGAGAUUGCCUAUGACAUCCCUCUACAUUACCCACUGCCUCCAAAGAAUGUCGAAUGGGGAGAGAUCCGUGGGUAUGAGACCAGUUACUGCAUCGACAGCAUGGGCCACACCAAUGGUGGCAACGUCGAGAUUGGGCCUUGUCACAGAAUGGGUGGCAAUCAGCUCUUCAGAAUUAAUGAAGCAAACCAGCUCAUGCAGUACGACCAAUGCUUGACAAAGGGGGUAGAUGGAACUGCCGUCAUCAUAACACACUGCAACUUGAACGAGCACACGGAGUGGAGAUAUUUUAAGGAUCUGCAUCGAUUCACACAUAUACCUACAGGGAAAUGUUUGGAUCGCUCUGAUGUGUUGCACAAGGUUUACAUAGCUGACUGUGACAACAAUAAGAGCUCACAGAAGUGGGAAAUGAACAACAUUGUGGCAGUUUGAGAACUGGCUUUACUGUCUCAAAUGUGCUUCAAGGAUAAACACUGACUACAGCAACAGGUUUUACCUGUAUACGUGUGACUAAUGAAGUUUUAGUCAUCAUUACAAUAACUCUGAACUCUGAUCAUAAACUACUUUUUUUCUUCAUUGAGGACAAUGUUUACAUUGGUUCGUCCCCAGUGUCAGUCGCAUGGGUUUUCUUUGGAAUCUGUGGAUUGGGGAGGGGUCUACCUAACAGAAUGUUUUUUUUCUCUUCUGUAGAAUGUGCACAAUGUGUGCUAAGAUAAAUGAUCUAAUACCACUUUUGUUGCUGCUCCAUUAUAAAGUAAAGGUUGUCCAUCAUGUACUGGGAGGCAUAUAUUUUUUUAACACUGGAACUUCAUUAUGUUUGAGAUGACAACCUGCCACUUGAAAUAUUUUCGUCUUUGGCACAAAGGCACUUUUUUUUGUGCCAUAUUCUAUGGGUAAAGAAUGGGAGAGGAAAGAAAAGGGAAAUGGGGACAAAAAAAAAGUGAUAAGAUAUUUUUGUCUACUGCAUAAAUGUUUGCUUGGUUGGGGGAAUAGAUGUUUACUUGUUUGUGAAAAUCAAUGAUUGAUUAUACUAUUCAUGGCCAAAAAUCACCAAUCUCAAGCAAGUGGAGCAAAUCUAUGUUUUAAGGGCGAGAAUGAUUGCAAUGUGUACAUUUUUGUUUUUGUACAAUGUAAAUAUGAUUAUUUCUAAAUUAACAUUUUGAGAAUGGGGUUCUGGGGUUCUGAAUGAAGGUGUAAAUAUCUAACUUAUGACUGUUUUCUCAAGAAAAUAAAUGGAAAAUUUUUACCAA